UCGGCGUUGGCGAGACGAGGGCGCGGCUGCACUCGCCACGGACCCGGAGCGCCAUGAAGGUCACCCUUGUGCAGGUUCUUGCUGUGACCUUGACCCUGACCUUGGCUUCUCCGGACUGCGAGCCGACCCCUUCCUGCUGUCCUCUCAACGAUGCCGUCCUGGGCGAGCUGAAGCGGUCGCAGGAGCAGUGCUUUGAAAAUGACAGCCAUUUGACCAACAUCUUCACAGCUAUGCAAGAUAUGAAACGAGCGACAGAAACUAUAGCUGAGCAGCUGGCAGCCAUGUCUCAGAAGGUUGACAGCAUAGAAAGAAGAAUCGAAGUGUUAGAAACGAAGAACACAAACCUUGCAGAAAAUUUAACAAUGAUGAUUACAGAUGUCGACGAGUGCGCAGCUGGCACCCACUACUGCCACCACAGUGCCACAUGCAGUAACACCGCCGGCAGUUAUCUGUGCGUUUGUAAAGACGGUUUCGAAGGAGACGGAGUGCGAUGCUACGAGACGGAUGAGUGUGUUCUCGGGACACACAACUGCGACGUGAAUGCGCUAUGUAUCAACACGGUGGGGAGUUAUAGGUGUGCCUGCAACCGGGGAUUUAUAGGGGACGGGGCCAACUGCACAGAUAUUAACGAGUGUGCGAGCAGAAGCGACCUCUGUGCCCCUGGGGUGACCUGCGUUAACACACCGGGUAGUUACCACUGUACUUGCGAGGACUGCGAAGCUCGCCUCCUCGAUCACCUCUGCCCCCCGCCCUUCCGUCGCCUGGGAGAGGAGUGCUACCACGUCCUCAAGGAUCUCCACAGCUGGCACACCGCGGCCGAGGAGUGCAGGCGGUUCGGGAAGCGACACGGCAUCGCGCGGCCCGUGAGCGUUGCCGAACCUCAGGACAUCCGGGCACUCCAGACCACGAUUCUGAACAGGUCCCUCCGCGGGGCCUGGCUGGGAGCCCGCUGGGACGCCGGGACGAGAGACUGGCGCUGGGCAUCGGGUGCCAAGGUCGAGGGGGAUGCCACGGCACUCCUGUACAGCGCGGGGGGGAGCGGGAGGCAUGCUGAGUUCUGCAUGGCGUGUACCAAGCAUCGGUGUCCCUCCCCUCAGCACUGCUAUGAUUUCCUGUCCGUUGUGUGCGAGGUGGGGUAG